AUGAAUGAAGAGGAAGAUAUUAAUCCAUUUGCUGAUCCAUCUAUUCAGCAAGCAACAGCACAAACAAUUUCAAAUCAACAAACACUUUAUCAAUACAAUCCUUUUUCAAAUACAACUGUAUCAGGCAAAUCCAAAUCAUCAAAAGAAGAUAAUAUUAACAAUUCUGUUCGAUUAAAUGAUCAACAAGAAUUAAAUGGUAAAAAUUCCACAUCUAUUCAUGGUCAACAAUUGACAAAUGUUAAUGCAAACAAUGGAAAUCGUCUUGAUUUAACUGAUUUUGAACGACGACAAGCACAAAUUGAACAACGUGAACAACGUAUUAUCGAACGUGAACGACAAUUAACUUAUUUACAAUCUCAACGUCAAGAGAAAAAUUUUCCCCGACUUCCUCGAUGGUGUCCAUUACGACCAUGUUUUUAUCAAGAUAUAUCUGUUGAAAUCGCACCACUUUUUCAAAGAUGGGUUCGUUAUCUUUAUUAUUUAUGGUUAUUAUAUUCAUCAACAUUGGUAUUGAAUAUGAUUACAGCAUUAUCUUAUUUUAUUGUUGAUAAAGAAGGUGGAUAUACAUUUGGAUUAUCAAUUUUUUAUAUGAUAUUAUUUAUUCCAUUAUCUUAUUUAUGUUGGUUUCGACCUGUAUAUAGAGCAUUCAGAAGUGAUCGAUCAUCGGAUUUUAUGAUAUUUUUCUUUAUUUUCUUCUUUCAAAUAUGUUUAUCAGUUUUUAUGAUAUUUGGUUGGAAAAAUUCUGGUUUCUGGUAAAUUAAAUUAAAAAAGUUAAAAAGAAAAAAACCAAUAAUAAUAAAUAGAUAAAUAGCUUUAACUAAUAAAUUAUUCUAAUAUAUUCUUGUUUAGAAUCUAACAAUAGUUGUCUAUUGAUUAUUUCCAAUCUUCAUAUUUUAUUUAUUUUCUUUUGUUUAAUUAAUUACAUUAUCAAAUAUUAUUUUAAUAUUUAUUCGUAUACUAAUCUUAGCUUAAUAGUAAUUAACAAAUAAUUAAUAUAAAAAAAACAAAAAAAAAGGUAUUUAAUAAGUUAAUAUGUCUAUAUUCUAGUGGUUUUAUGUUAAU